UGUAGAGACCAAUCAAAAAGUUAUUUUGAAAGUCUUGGAUCAGAAACCGUCCAGAAACACUGUGAAGAGACGUCAAUAACCGGAAUAGUUGCGUCCAUCGAUGUCCUAGUUUCUCUGGCCAAAGAAUACCUGAAAACCAGAGAUAAACAUCUAAUCUAUCAACAAACUGACCACACAUGUCCUCUUUCAUCACCUGGACCAACAGACUGUGCUGAUGUUCUGCUUAAUGGACACACUACCAGUGGAUCGUAUCGUAUCUGGCCCAAGUCAUGGAUGACUACAGGAAGUUUCAAUGUUUACUGUGACAUGGAUACUGAUGGAGGAGGCUGGACGGUAAUCCAAAGAAGAGGAAACCACGGAAACCCAAAGGAUUACUUUUUCAAACCUUGGGAAGAUUACAAAGUAGGAUUUGGAGACAUUCAAAAGGAAUUCUGGCUAGGAAACGAUCGGAUCUACGCGCUAACAAAUCAAGGAAACUAUUCAAUCAGGUUUGAUUUAAAAGACAAAGAAGGAAACGAGAGGUUCGCCAUCUACCGGAAGUUUUGGAUAGAAAACGAAGACAACGUGUAUAGAUUACAUGUCAGUAAUUACUCUGGUGACGCAGGUAAUCAAAGUUUACUUUGUAAUAUAAUUUAUUAUUUUAUUAGAAUUUUGUCGAAUACAACUCUUUAAAAUUAUCAUUUCAAAAAGAAUUAGUUGAAAAAUUUUUAUAAUCCAAACUGUUUGAAAUGUUUAAUAUUAAAGACAUUUUUAUUCUAAUGUCAUUUACAACCUUCCGUCAGAUUUAACCAAAUUACCACCAGAUCUUCUUCUUGUUCGUGUAUCUAGAGUGACGAUAGAAAAAAACGGUAAUUUGAGGAAAACAAAAAUUAAGAUAUAAGAAUACACAGUGAGGCUAGAGGCGUCUCCCUGAUCGGGUA